AUGCAGCAUGCGGCUGAGCAUUCUUCCCUCUUAUUCCAUUCCAACACCCCCGUAUUCCCCACCACGCAGCUUUCUCUCAGCUCAGGAGCAUGUCGCAUGCCGAUCACCCUCCCCGUUUCACACCCCCGUAUUCCCCUCCCCCAUUCUUCCCUCUCAGCAAUCGCCAAGGAGCAUCUCCCUUACCACCCCAGCAGGCUAGCAGCCCGAUCCAAUUUUCCCCCUCUCCCUUCCCCCCCUUUUCCCCACCACCCCCUCCCCUCAAACACCUUCCCCUCCCCGUCCCUCCUCGCAGCAUUCGCCAAGGAGCAUCUCCCUCACCUCCCCAGCAGGCUAGCAGCCCGAUCCCCUUCCCCUCGCUUCCUCGCAUUCUCGAGACCGGUUGCAACCCAGGGUGCCCAGGGAGGGGAGGCGGGGCCACUGAAUUCCUCUGCAACACCUCUUACAGGGAACAAGGCACUUACCGCUGCUGGUAGCAGCAGCAGCAGCAGCAAACGUUUGUCAACAGUUGCCCAUGCGACGCAGCAGCAAAAAUCGUCGGGCUCUGCUGCAGCUGUGGAGGAUAGCAAAAUCGAUAUUGGCGACUUUUUCAAGGGCGAUUUACCCAAGAAAUUCCUCAUGCUCCUGGGUCUGCUCGCUCUAUCCCGCGUGGGAAUCUACAUUCCCCUGUGGGGCGUUGAUAUCUCCGCCUUCCAGGAGCAACUGGGGGAGGGCUCAUUCCUAGCCACCCUAGAUACCCUCUCAGGGGGAGGAAUUGGACGGCUGGGAUUGUUUUCGCUGGGCAUCGUGCCGUAUAUCAACGCUCAGAUCGUGUUCCAGCUGCUGGGGACGCUGUAUCCCAAGAUUGGGGAUCUGCAGAAGAAGGAAGGGGAGGCGGGGAGGAAGAAGGCGCAGCAGUACAUGAAGUACAUGGCAGUGGUGUUCGGUGCUCUGCAGGCUAUCGGGCAGGUGGCCUACCUCCAGCAGUACGCCUACGACCCAUCGGUCGCCUGGGCAGUCUCAGCCGUCUCAGGCCUCACCCUCGGCUCCGUAGCAGUCAUCCUCCUCGGAGACAAGAUCACUGACCUCAAGCUCGGCAACGGGACCUCUCUGCUCAUCUUCACCAACAUCGUCUCGUACCUGCCGGCGUCCAUUGGACGGACGAUUUCGGAGGCCACAGAGCAGGGGAACGUAACCGGAGAGGCGCUGCUGCUGGCCUCCUUCCUGCUGCUCGUGUUCGGGAUUGUCUACGUGCAGGAGGCAGAGCGGCGUAUUCCCAUCAACUAUGCAUCGCGGUACAACAUCAAGACUCGGAAUGCGUACCUGCCAUUCAAGGUCAACUCAACGGGAGUCAUGCCAAUCAUCUUCUCCUCCUCCCUCCUCGCUGCUCCCUACUCCAUCGCUCGCUUCACUGGCAGCGCUGCCUUCCAGUCCGCUGCUACAGCUCUCUAUCCCGGAGGUUUCUUCUAUCUCCCUGCCAACGUGGCCCUCAUCGCCUUCUUCAACUACUUCUACACCUUCCUGCAACUCGACCCUGCGGACGUCAGCGACCAGCUCAAGAGGCAGGGCGCCUCCGUGCCCAACACCCGCCCUGGGAAAGCAACAGCCGCGCUCAUCACCAAGGUCCUCACUCGCAUUUCGGUGCUUGGGUCGGCAUUUCUUGGCACGAUGGCAGCAGCGCCGGCUCUUGUGGAAGGAAUCACCCACCUCACGGCCUUCAGGGGGUUCGCGGGUACGUCCAUCCUCAUUUUAGUCGGAUGCGCUACGGAUACAGCAAGGAAGGUGCAGGCGGAGCUGGUUUCGCAGAAGUAUAGGACGAUCGAGCUGGAUGAUAUCAGUGCAGGCAGCGGUGGGAUUCCGCCUCCUAGGCUGCUUGCGACUCUAAAUCUGUGUUCCAAUCAGACCAGCGGAUCUUCAAUGCGGUCCCUUAUUACUGCUCCAGCGUGGCACACCACCCUAAGGAGACGACUUCUUCGCUUCAACCCUCUCUUGUCAGAGCAGCAGUGCCCACAAUGCUGGUCGAAUCCUUCCGACUGGGUACGGCUUCCGAAUGUCCUGUAA